AUGUCACCCGUAAAUCGACGACCUGGUUUAUCACUUUUUGGUAAUAUGUGCUUUUACAGCGAACUGGGUACGGGCGGUGCAGAAUUCGUGCACAGAACGAAAAAACUGCUAGCUGAACGUGGACCAUCCGCACUUCAGUUCGUCGACGAUUCGAUCAUGAAGCCGUCACAGCUCUAUCUUUUCGCCUAUAACGCUGUGCAAUUCAUAGGGUGGGGUAUUAUUCUACUCAAAACCCUCCAUGGCCUUUCGGAACAUCUUACAUGGCCUCAGUUGUACACAUCCGUCGAAGCCGAAGUGAAAUUGUUCCAGACACUAGCUAUUCUGGAAGCACGCGAAAGCAUUGGAGUUCCGAUGCUGCUUUUGGCGUGGUCAGUCACUGAAGUUGUGAGGUAUUCGUACUACGCUCUGGGCCUUUUCAACGCUGUGCCGUAUUUUCUUACAUGGAUAAGGUGGGUUGCGGAGAAGAAGUACUACUCAUUGGAGAUGCCAAACGCGCUCAACAUGAGCAUCUCCUUUUAUUGGGUAUUAAUCGGAGCGGCCUUAUUCUACAUUCCGGGUUUCCCUCAGUUGUACUUGUAUAUGUUUGCUCAGCGUAAAAAGGUGCUGUCGACAGAUGCCGCAAAGAAGAAGAUGUAG